UAUCAUUCUUCGUUCACUGUAUCUUGACUUCACAAGAACAGUAAUUGCACAUUCAACUCGACUUAUCGGCCAUUGAUAGCGAUACAAAACGUUUGCUAUCCUCUUGCAUAAACAUAUUCCUCAUAUUCCCUUCUUUCUCGACUCCCAACUCUCAAACGAAUCGCAACCCCUGAUUCGAUUCUUUGGAAAAUCCGCUUGUAGUCAAGGCCAUCCACCUCACGCAUUGAUACAUCUGUUUGGCUCUUCUAACUCACCCAGACCUACUUAAUCCUUUCACAUUUUCCAGCAAUUUCUGUCUCGACUACCGCCAUGCCUUAUAACACCACUGCUAUUCCUCCUCGAAAGGAGCCUACAGGCCAGAAUCAGCUCCCACUCUCUAGAGUUAAAAAGAUCAUCGCACAAGACCCAGAUAUCGGUCUGUGCUCUAACAAUGCAGCUUUCGUGAUAACUCUCGCUGCCGAAAUGUUUGUUCAGCAUCUUGCAGAAGAGUCACAUACCCAAGCCAAGCUAGACCGCAAACCUCGUCGAAACAUCCAGUACAAGGAUGUUGCAAGCGCUGUUGCACACCAUGACAACCUCGAGUUUCUUGAAGACGUGGUACCAAAGACUGUUCCCUACAAGAACAUCAAGGCCAAGGCCAAGGCCACGCAGGCACGUCUCCAAGGUGACAAUACCAACCAGAAGCUUGAGUUUCCUCUGGCAAACGGCGUUGGCAAGCCUCUUGUGAACGGCAACUCCGUGGAUCAUCAUGAUAGGCAAGAUGACCCGAACUCGCAGCUUGAGUUGGAGUUCAGACAGGCUUCUGGUGCGAACCGAGAUGGGGAUGUAGCAAUGACUGGUUAGUUAUAGUAUUGCUCACUUGCUCAUGGUAAAAAGAGGCGUUGGCAGGGCUGGCCUCAGUCCGCUAAAUUAAAAAAAAAAAAAAAACGAGGACAAAAGCGGUCUAUCAUCAUCAUGUAUAUCACAAAACAAAUGACAAUCUUGAUAAUUGGCA